CCCAUAUUCUCCCACGUGGUAAUGGAUAAACUGUUUCCUUGCACAUGAAACACCAAUGGCUGUGGCUACUCUGGCCCUGCACUGCCACUGCUUGUUGUUCUCUUCCUCAUCAUCGAACAAGUCUAUAACAAGAUUAAGAACAUGGCUUCCCAACGAAACACCCACUUUGAGUUCUUUACAGAGGUCUCACUUUUCACUCAUCUCUUGUUCUUCUUCUACUUCCCCGCCGUCGCCGGAAGUCAGUACGCCGACUGCAGAGUCUUCCGUCAACUUGGGUCUCUCCCUCUUCUCCAAAGGACGGGUUAAAGAUGCUCUUGUUCAGUUUGAUACAGCACUUACUUUGGAUCCUAGUCCUAUGGAGGCUCAAGCGGCUCUCUAUAACAAAGCCUGCUGUCAUGCCUACAGAGGGGAAGGAAAAAAAGCUGCGGAGUGUCUACGCACUGCUUUGAGAGACUAUAACCUCAAAUUUGGUACAAUUCUUAAUGAUCCAGACUUGGCCUCUUUCAGAGCUUUGCCUGAAUUUAAGGAACUCCAAGAAGAGGCUAGGCUGGGUGGGGAAGAUGUAGGCUACGGUUUUCGAAGAGACCUCAAACUCAUUAGUGAAGUCCAAGCACCAUUUCGAGGGGUUAGAAGAUUUUUCUAUGUCGCAUUUACUGCAGCGGCAGGAAUUUCACUGUUCUUUACAAUACCCAGGCUAUUCCUUGCAAUUAAAGGUGGUGAUGACGCUCCUAAUAUCUGGGCGACAGUUGGGAAUGCUGCCAUUAAUUUUGGGGGUAUCAUAAUUCUUGUGGCAUUAUUUUUCUGGGACAACAAGAAAGAGGAGGAACAACUUGCACAAAUAUCACGAGAUGAAACAUUAUCAAGGUUGCCUUUGCGCCUUUCAACUAAUCGGGUUGUUGAACUUGUGCAGUUACGAGACACCGUGAGGCCUGUUAUUUUGGCUGGGAAAAAGGAGUCUGUCUCUUUGGCCAUACAGAGGGCAGAGAGGUUCCGAACUGAGCUUCUCAAACGAGGCAUUCUUUUGGUUCCUGUUGUUUGGGGUGAAGGUAGAGCACCGAAAAUCGAGAAGAAAGGCUUUGGUCUUCCUCCGAAGGCAGCUGCUUCUCUUCCAUCUAUAGGGGAAGAUUUUGAGAAGCUGGCCCAGUCAGUAGUUUCAAAAUCAAAAUUGAAAGCUGAGAUUCGAUUCAAGGCCGAGGUGGUAUCACCUGCAGAGUGGGAAAGGUUUGUGCAACUCUGUUUUGUCUACGUAGGUACCAUGUCAAUUGUCUUUGUCGUUGUGAAUGACACAUUCCCCUUAACAGAGCACAGAUUGUCAUUUUCAAAAGUGGAUUGCGUUCCAGUGGCACAUGUACUUCUUUCUAAAUUUUUCCUAUGAAACUGUAUCGGAUUUUAGCUACUUUAAUGUUUUGUUUACUCCAAAAUGUUGUACUCAAUCUAAGGUUAUCUUUGAUUAGUUCAAGUUGCAAAUAGCUUCUUCCUUAUUGAAUUCUGGUCUCUUCCGGCUUUCGGUUUUUCCUGAACUUAGGUGGAUAAAGGAUCAACAAAAGUCUGAAGGAGUUACUCCUGGGGAGAAUGUGUACAUAAUACUGCGUCUAGAUGGCCGUGUUCGAAGAUCAGGAAAGGGCAUGCCUGACUGGCAACAAAUUGUGAAGGAGCUGCCACCAACGGAAGCAUUGCUGAGCAAGCUAGAACGUUAACAUGAGUUGCUUUGGUUUAUUACACGCUUGAUGCCUUAGUCUGUCCGGUCCCUUAGGCCUAGUUUCCAAAAAACACAACCAACUGAGCUAUUCAUUGUGUUGUUGGAUUGUCUAUAGGCCACUUGGUAGGAUGUAUGAAAAAAGAAAAAGAAGAAUGGUAAGGAUCAACUUUCUAUCCUUGUAAAAGAAACAUCUUCUUUCCACCUUUAAGAAGGAUGAGAAGUAGAAAUAAUGAAUUUUUUCGGGUUUGAUAUGAUGCAUAUCUUACCGGUAUAUCUUUAUAUAUGAAAUUAACUUAUUGUGAUACAGAGUAGAACAAAUAUAUAAAGGGAU